ACGACGACCGACAUUCCCGGUUAAAACAUAUUGAUCAUUUCAACUGGCAAAAAGGGUCCCUCCGAACAAGGAGGCGGCCAACCAGACCGCCAUGGCGCCCCAAACGAGAGCUCGAGAUCGCCUUCGCCAGACGACAUCACGCGAAUACCACUCGUCACCCAUCCCGCAACAAGUCCACUUUCCUGCCCGAAGCCGAGUUGUCAAGACAUAUGGCAAAAGAACCCCUUCACGAACCGCUUUGCGACAGCAGACUUUGACCCAGAUCGGCUUCCCUCUGGCCAUGCAACCAGACACCGACGGCUCCGAGCUGUUGGAAACGCUCGAAACACCCGUUCCGGCCAAGAAGAAAGGACGAGACUCCAAGCGAAGGAAGACAAUGGGCGACACUCCCAACCCGAGUUCAUCUUUCCACACCCAAACACUUACCCAGUUCCUGUCUGGCAAGGAGGGCGACGAGGACGACAAGGAGGACUUGUUGAUUAAGGACUCGCAGGACGAAGGAGAUGAUGAAGACGAACAAGAUCAUCUGGACGACGUGUAUAAUCUGCCCAAAGAGGAGUCACCGAAACGUGAAUCGCAAAAGAAGCCAGUGGCCAAGAAACCAAAGAGUGUCAAGGGGAAGAAAGCCAAGGCCAAAGGGAAAGCAAAAGCCAAGGAAGAAGCAUCGGCAGUACCGCACACACCCAGUACCCAGAGGAUCAAGGUCAACAUAGAUGAGGUCCCAUCUUCGCAACCAACACCGUUCACACCCAUGCUGGGAAACAGUGAAUACAGUCCUAUUGGACCCUACAGGUCACCUCUAAAGAACAAGUCGACUAAUACCGGCGCGCCCGCCCCCACACUCGAAACCAUCUCCAAACUACCCAGAAAUCUGGAAAUCCAGGACUCCUAUAGUAUAGGAGGUAGUAGUCCCUUCUCCAUACAUCAAUCACCCUCUCCGCUCAGGAAGACUCCCAUGUCAAUCAGGAGUAAGCCCAAGCGUCAGCCACUAGCCGAACUUCCUGUUCCUGAGGAGGGAGACGACAAUGAAUCGGGCUUCUCAGAAGGCGAGGAGCAGGCUACGCCAACAAAACCGAGAGCUGGGUCAUCGGCAGUGAAGGGAAGCAGCGGGAAGAAACGGGCAUUUGUUGAGAUUCCAGAUUCGGAUGAUGACCUUGAGAGUUUUGGUUCAUCACCUGCUAUGAGCAGGAUCGCGAAGACGCCCACGAACCAGAGAGUUAUAGUGCCCCCGCCGGACUCGGCAAAGGAGAACCGUACUCCUAAAGAGCAGCCACAUGCGGAGGAAAAUGAAGAGGAGAAAGCAGAUGAGGAGAUGGAGGAACAGGGUACACCAACGCCCACGGCUAGGCGCAGUGAGCGGCCUCGGGAGAUACCAUCAUCCAGCGCCGAAGACAUGGACUACGAUAGCGACGAGAGUUCCCUAUCACCAGUGCUGAGUAGUUCACCGCAAGCGAGCCGCGAGCUCGGAAAUUCUAGCCAGCAUGCUGCUGUCAAUCAGCCCAUUCCGGACACAACACAUAGCAAUGACCAGUCGCACAUCACCCGCACCCCGACUGCGAAACAAAAGGUGCAAAUUGAGCUGCCUUCCAUGAGCGACGACGGCAAUGCCACCGGCGAAGAGGUGCUGAAAGAGACACCCCAUCGCAAGUCGGCUACCACUAAGAAGCCAUCCCCGCCCUCCGCCGCCGGCCGACGCAAGGUACAAAUCGAGCUCCCACCCCAAAGCACCGGAAAGGCAGCAGAGAAGGAUCAAGACCAACAGGCCGAAGAUGAAGAAGAAGAAGUCCUCAAAGAAACCCCACACCGCAAGACCACCCGCUUUUCAAAAAUCUCCCCUCGCCAAAAGGCAUCACCAUCUGGACCCAUCAUCCGCUCCCAGCGCUCCCAACGUCACACCCAGCGGCAAACCCAACGUUCCCAGCUCUACAGCCAGGGUCUUGAAUCCCAGCGAGUCCCCAUGGAGGUCAUUCGCGCCAUGGGCCCGCCCACCGAUACCUCUGACGUCAUCAUCGUCGUGCCGGCUCACCAUCUCGAGGAGAUUGUAGCGGGCACGCGAGACCACGAGUUCCGCCCGCAUGUGCUGCCUGCCGUUAGGGCGUGGUUUUAUGCCACAGAGCCGGUGAACGAGGUGAAGUAUAUGGCUACGCUAGGAGAUGCAAGGAAGCCGGGGGAAAUUGAGGGGGCGAGUGGGGUGGGGAAUGAGGAGUUCAAUAGGGGUGAGAGUGUUAGUGUUGUCCUUGGCAUGAGUGGGAGUGGGAGUGGUCGUGUUGUUAGCAGUGGGAGAAGUAGUAGUGAGGCUGCGGCGACUACCACGCCCAACAAGUUCGCGCACAAGCUCUUGCAGGUGUAUCAGCUCAAUGAUCCGGUCAAGAAGGAUGAGUUGGAGGAGCAUGGGUUUGGGAAAGGCCUACCGACGAGGUAUCGGCUGUUGCCACCGGCGGCGGUGGGCGAUUUAUUGGCAAAUUUGAGAUGUGCGCUUUUUGCGGAGGAUGGUGAGGAAGACGGAAAGGAUGGGGAAGAUGAGGGAGGCAGGCUUGAGGCUAUUGAAGAAGGAGAUGAAGAGGGUGAGGAGAUGGGUGGGACGGUGGAGGGGGCAGGAGAGACGACAGACAGUCAACCCGACCAUGGGGAAUCUGUCUCCCAGCAGCUGGAGCAGCAGUUGAGAAGCGAUAUCAUGCGCUCGACGCAGAUGAUGCUCUCGGAUGACGCGAGACCCCCCGGCCAAGGAGGAGCACUGUUACGACACGAUUCAAGGAUAACUUCCAGCCCACAAAGACCUCCUCCUGCACAGGUGACUUCGAGUCAAGGUCGGACAACGAGGUCUAGUCAACCUCGGAUGACGGUGACCAAGGUUACGAAGAAACAAGUACAGGUCACAAAGAAGUUCCACUUCGCGGCGCUAGAGAUGGAGGAAGAUGACGAUGACCUUGACCUUGAUCUCGGCAAGGAAGGGAUGAAAACCCCUCCUCCUGCCCUGCCUCCUCGCUCACGGUCAACUGUAGCUUCAACUUCAACUUCGACUUCAGCUUCAAAAACCAGCGCCGGCCGCAAAAGCAGCGGUAGUCGCAGUAGUCAGGCUAUUCAAAGCCAAUUUGAAACUGAGACACGCCAAACCCGUCGCCAGAGCCAACGUCUAACGAGUAGUCAGCUUCAGCAGGAAUUCGACGAAAGGCAGAUUACAAAGACAAAAACAACAACAAAGGCUUUACAAGAAAAGGCCUCAAUGCCACCACCUCCCUCACCUGCUAAACCCCGUGGCGGUAGUAAAAUCACUACGAGCGCCCUUGCUAAACUCAACAAAGCCACCACUGCCCGCGCUUCAACUAUCGGUUUCGGUGCCGGUCAUAACAACCCCAAUUACAACACCGCCCGCCCCUCGCAAGCGACGACCGCCAGCGGGCCGUCUAGUCCUAUUAUUCCGACCAGGCCGGAGGAGGACGAACAGGAAGAGUCUUCGCUGCCCCAACUCAGUCGGGGCAGAGGCGUAGUUGGUACAGGUAGAGGAAGGGGUCAAGGUAGCGUCAGAAGUCAAGCCCUCUCCGAAUCCGUCACCGCCUCCGAGUCCUCGGUUAUUAGACCAGCGAUACCUGAUGACGUUGAUGAUUCCCAUAUUCUGUUGUCUUCUUCUUCGAUACCGGAGCCUCUGGAUUUUCAUCAUGGAGAAAGUAGUAACAGCACCACGCCUACUGGCACGAGGAAUCGUACCAGAGGGGGGAGGAGAACUCCUGGCAGUGGUAGUGGCAGUGGUAGAGGAGGCACGGAACGGCUACCAAUGAGUUCCCAAGCUCUUGCGUCUUUGGCCCCGGAUAGCUUGUUGGUGGAUGUCGAGGGGGUUAGGCCGCCGCCUGAGUUGGUGGCUUGGGAUUCUGAGGAGGAUGUGGAUGAAGAUGAGACGGCGAGUGAGGAUGACGGGGACUUGAACUGAACCAUUACCUAAGAGUUCUGAGGGGGUGGG